UUUGAUGAACUUAUUUAGUAGCGAAAGACGUCAAACAAUAGUGGAUGGUGAGGAUAUACUUUUGCACAAACAUAUACUUGCUUUCCAAAACGCAAUUUCGGAGGAACCUCAUGUACCUAUUGAACGUAUUGCAAAUAUGCUUAGCGCAUGUAGUAUUGGUCAUCUUCAAAAUAUAUACCAAUUUUGCCAACCAGACCUGACGCAUCAGCCUGAAUCUAGUGUAUGGAUUUCUAAAAUAUUCCUUUGUCUUGUUGAUCCGGUUGAAUAUUUUUAUCAAAUACUGUUUGAUUCAAUGGAUAGUCUACCUACACUUGUAACGGACACAGACCAGGAGGAUGAGGAUUCAAUCUGCAUUGAAGAAUACCACGAUGAGGCUUCAUUACACUGCCUUGAUUCUAUAAGUAGAAUCAUCAUAACAAGGCGUGGUAUUGAUCUUGAUGAGAUCAAUAAAAAGUUUAUAGUGUCCAAUGAACUGUCACUUCAAGAAAGGAUCAAGCUUUAUUGCAAAGGAAUCUAUCAGCAAUUAUUACUCAAGUUGUCGUUGGAUGUGAAUAUCCUUGGGAGUGAAGCCGAAAGUAGUGGUCCUUCAGAGGUGGUACCAACAGAAGCGCGUAGCGACGCCCAGCCAGAGUUUGUAGGCGCCGAAGAGCAUGGUGAGGUUCGUGUUGCUGAGGAGGAAGCGUGAGAAGGAUCCGAUCUUAAUUGCAGGUUUAGUAACAUCCCUAGUUUAGAGUGUUGAAUUUGGAGUCUUUAGAUAUUUCUUCUUGUUUAUGGAUCAUUUUGUGGGGCAAACCAAACAAACUUUAGGUUGGGUAAAGUCUUUGGUCGGAAAGGACCAAUAGAGUUGAGAUUUGUUAAAUGUGGAGUCUGCUGAUUUUUGCUGUUCUUACUAUGUUUCUGUCGAUAAUGCUUAACCGUUAAUGGCUAACUUCGGCAAUUUGAAUCGGUA